UCAUUAUCCCGCAAUUCGCCAUCAACCUCAUUGUGGCAGUUCUCUGCAUAUCCUACACACGUGGGGUUCGGUCCGUAAUGUGACCGUCGCACUAAUCCGCUCUUUUCUCAGGCGACCCCCGCAAUUUUCGAUAAUGCCGCGGCCACUAUCGGCCUUGGAGUCUCUUCCCAGCGAGCUUCUCGAUGAGAUCAUCUUCUACCUCUCUGUUUCUCCUCCGUCCUUGGCGAAUUUUCACCAGCCACCGACUCCUCGCAUGGUCAGAAAUAGAACUCGAGAUCUGAAAAACUUGGCCAGGGUUUCGUUGCGUCUCCGGGAAGUCGCUCUACCACCGCUUUUCGCGCACGCUUGCUUCAACCUGGAGGACGUAGACGAUUUCCUCGCUUUUGUCGCAUCCUUUGACCUCAAGCAAUAUGUGUCUUCUAUUGUUGUGAAGGGAAAAGACACCCCAGGCGAACGCGAUGAUCCUCUCUGGUGGCGGAGGGUACUGUCCCGCCUCGACCCGCUCCGAGUAACGGUCAUUGCUCCCCCGCGCUUUAUUGGAGCUAUGCUGGACACGCCUAUCAUGGAGGGACAUAGCUGGGCCUUUGAAAUUCCUCUCCAGGUUCUGCAACUAGACCGUGACAGUCGCGAGCGGGACCCGAUGCUGUCAUCGCAAAUCGAAGAGCCUUCAAGCCUGCUGGACACUCGUUGCUGGUCAUCUCUUUCGUUCAACGAGUCUUCCUCUCUCAAAGCGUAUAACCACUAUGAGUAUUUCUUGUUCCAGGUCCCGUCCCUGGUCAGAGAAUGGGGCUCCACUGCAGCCACUCCGUCCUGUCCGGAGCAGCUCUUUCUAUCCCUCUCGCUCAACAACCUGACCUCCUUUCAGUAUACCGCUGUGUUCCCCUUCUACAAUCAUGUCAAGCUGGUGUUGAAUGCAGUGUCAUUGAUGACGAGCCUGCAGUCGCUUCGGAUCCAGCUGGCGCCCUGCCGCGGCGACAAAGUCAUUGAGAUCGAGCAGAGAGGCUCUAUGGACCCAAGCGACCCAUGGAUGGAGCUUGCCACCGGCUACUCGCUCAUUGCUCAGGCCGUGAGGGAUUUGGCAGACGUAGGCCGUCUUGUAACCUUCAGUUCUGGCGACUACGAUUUCGAUGCGCUUCGGUCCGAGUUAGCCCCAAUCUUGUACGAUGUGUUGAAUGAUCAUGAGUGGUUUCAUGAUGGACACGGUACCUGGAUCAAGAAGAAAGUUUCCCCGAUGGGAAUCGCAACUGAGUCAAUAUCCGCGGUAGACACGGUUGUAUGAGGUCGGUGACUGGAUUCGCUGUAUCAAAAUAAAUCUGUAUAACUAAGGAUGUAGAUAAUUGAAAAUUCUUG